GUUAUGUACUUCUUAACAUGUUAAAUUUGCGUUGCAAACCACCGACGUUAUUUGUAGGGAGGAAUUGUAGCCAGCAUAAGAGCCUUGCGCGUCCGGUAGUUUGCUGUUGGGCAUUGGAGAAAAGAAGGAGCUUUUAUGAGUUACUAGGUGUCGCCCAAACGGCGACUAUAGAGGAUAUUAGAGCUGCCUACAGGUCCCUCGCAAAAAGCCUUCACCCGGACGUCAGCCAAGAGGAGGAUGCGGAGGCGGUAUUUGCAGAGAUCAACAAAGCAUAUGAAGUGCUGUCGGACGAGGAUGAACGUGGAAAGUACGAUUACAUAUGGAGGUGCGAGCAGCAGCUGCAGGCAGCAGCGGACUCACCAGCAGCGGAGGGCGCCUCCUCUCUGAGCCCUGAGGAAGAGCUUUUUAAGCGCUCAGCGGUGUUGCAGCAGCUGCAGGCGGCCCAGCGAGAAGCACAAAGGGCCCGACAGCUGGCUAGGAUGGCACGUAAGGCUGCGGAGGAGGCACGCAGGCAGGCAGCUGAGCAGGCACGUGAGGCAAGGGCCCGGGCCAAUAACGCAGCAGCAGCUGCACCGCAACCCGGGGCUGCUGACAACUGCAGCAUGGGGCCCGCUGGGGCCUAUGAGGUCGGGGGCUCACCGAGGCCUGAUGAGGCGUCAGCAAAUGAACCAGGUGUCAGCAAGGCCGGUUGCCGGGCUGCUAAAUCCAUAGCGCGACAGGAGGCAAGGGAGGCAGCAAGGGAGGCGAGGCGGCAGGCAAGGGAGGCACGCCGGCAUGCAUCGCAGGUUCGGAGCUGGGCUCAGUGGGCCGAGCAGGAGGUGGAGGCGGCCCAACAGGCGGCAGGUUUGGAGCCACAACCACCACCAGCGGCAGGAGCAGCAGCGCCUCCUCGGUACGAUUACCAUGUGAACUACCACCACCGGCGGAGAGCAGGAGCAACUCAACAACCGCCAGAGGAGGCCGAGGAGGCACCCUGGGAGCAGCAGUAGUAGGUAGGAGCAUACAUACAUAAUUAGAGGUGCAUUCUGAAGCAACUUACAGAGGGAGUACAGAACUUAAUGCGAGGCAAGCUAUUAGCGAAUUCGGAAUCUGGAACUUGCAAUAUGGUUUAGUCCGAAAGUACAUCUUUAGCAGCCACGCUUGCUUGGUUGGCAAACCGAGACAUAUUUAACCCUUUUCGUACUAUUAAGGACCGUGACAAGCGUUGCCUAGAGCCUGUGAUUCGUAUAAGGCCAUUUAAUAAGAGCUUGCGUGGUCUGCCUUGCUUUCCUAAACGUCGUGUUUCAGGGCCCUGUGAUUGGCCCUGUGAUGUGCGAUUCUAAGACUUGCCGUAUGGAUCCACUUGGUUACGGGCCUUGUGAAUGACCGUUACAGUGCAUCCACACAGUGACACCAGGGACGAUGAGCCCGAUUCAUUAAGAAACACGUAAGCAAUCCCG